AUGCUCUAUAGUUUGGAAAAGAGAGAGAUGUCCGGCCACGCGCAGACUCUUACCUCAAAAGCGAGGCUAUUACUCUAUAAAUGUCCUGUUGUUUUUUUUGGCGCAGUUCUUUAUCUUAUGUAUGUUAUGACAGUGGGGGAGAAGAUGUUUUUCAGCGAAGGAUCCUUUGCAGGCGCUAGCUUGCACAUAACAAGCACCGUCCUGUUCGUAAUCUCAUCUUGUGUGUCGCAGGUUCUGUUUUUUCUCUUGUCUUCGUACACCGCAGGCGUUGUGUCGUCUCCGAUCUCAGAGUCUUUCAAGAAUGUGCAGGCCAUGCACGCGUCGCUUGCUGGGGAUGUUGGGCCAGACAGAAUGUUCACGAACCUUUUCCUCUGCAUGGCGCUGGCCACGCUGUUCACAAGCGCAGGCUUUUUUGCUAUGUAUGCACUCCGCGCAGAGCGCGUGAUAAAGCGGAUACCGUCGGGCAUGUCAAAGGCCCUCUUUGUUUCGAUAGGGUUCUUGUGUGUGUCCUAUGCAAACGAGCGCAUUGGAGACAUCCAGGUGGCGGUGGGUGCAAAGUGGCUUGUGCCUGCGCUUUUCAAUGCAGCAGGCGUGUCUAUAACUGUGCUGUGCUGGGCAUGCGAAGGCUCUUUCCCCGCUGUUGCGCGGUACAGUGUGCUGUGGGUGGCAGCGCUCUUCACAGCGGGGUUCUACACCUGGGCAUGGACCAGCGGUGAGAACACUGCAUCGCUGCUCGCCAAGAAAUGGCUCUUGACCGACCCAAGGAAGACAGUGGCUCUGAAAGUGCCUCCGCUGGUGUUUGCACACGUGCAGACAGGCGCAGUUCUAAAACAGCUGCCCAACAUUGCGAAGAUCGCCGUCUUGAACAUUCUGCAGUUUCCCAUAAACUUCCCUCCCACAGCAUCGCAG